UUGGCUCCCUGUUUUAGAGCUGCAUGUUAAUGUGCGUAUGCUCUGGGUUAUUAGUUUUAUUGUAUUAUGUGUUAUCAGUGGGAACGGCAAACUGUGUCGUGCAUGUUAGUGUAAGUGUGAUGUUUUUUCGACAAGCCUCCCUUUCCCAUUGGCCCGGGUUUUAUCCCGGUAGGUGUGGUCUGGAUGAACGAGCCUGCAUCCUUUGUUAAAUCGUGCAGUUUAAUAUUUAAAAAGUAAAGAGACCUAGUGGUGUGAGAUUGAAUGGGCAUUGUGAAUGUCCUUUAAAUUAAAGUGCACUUCUACAAUGCAAUGCGUUUCCUUCUUCUUAAAUUGGCUGUAGGAGGAGGUAUUGACAGUCAGAGCAAAGGAAUUAAAUGAAAAGUGUCGUCGUCUGUCUAACUCGGCGUCUUGGAUUGAACUCCAGCUGAUGUUUUGGACAAAGAGACGCUCUAAAUCGAGCAGUUAACGAUCGACAUUUUGCUUGAUUAGAGGAGAGCCGGGGAGACGCGAGCGCGUCCUCUCGCCAUGUCUAUCGGCACCGCGCGCUCCUCGCCGAGUGCGUAAACUGCUGUGGAGGGUCCCCGCGUUAUGAGACGACAUGGCAUGGUCUGACCGACGGAUUCAGACUUUGCUGGCCAUCGUGGGCGCCUUCGCCGCCUUCAGUCUCAUGACUAUCGCCAUUGGCACCGACUACUGGCUUUACUCCCGUGCGCACAUCUGCAACGCCACCAAUGCGACCUCGGACGACUCCCAGAUGCAAACCAAAAAAGUCAGAGGCGACCUGACGCACUCCGGGCUGUGGAGGAUCUGCUGCAUCGAAGGGAUCAACAAAGGAAGCUGUUUUUGGAUCAAUCAUUUUCCAGGUGAUAACGACUACGACACAGACAGCGCUGAGUACAUCUUACGUGUAGUGCGAGCGUCAAGCCUAUUUCCGAUUCUCAGCACCGUUCUGCUGAUGUUGGGUGGCCUGUGUGUCGGAGUUGGACGCGUCUACAACAACAAAAACAACAUCCUUCUCACCUCUGGCAUCCUGUUUGUGGCUGCAGGCCUGAGCAACAUCAUCGGCAUCAUCGUCUACAUCUCCAGCAACGCCGGGGAUCCCAGCGACAAGAAAGACGAGGACAAGAAGAACCACUACAACUACGGCUGGUCCUUCUACUUUGGCGCCCUCUCCUUCAUCGUGGCGGAAUCAGUGGGCGUCCUCGCUGUCAACAUAUUCAUCGAGAAAAACAAAGACACGCACUUCCGAGCCCGACGUGACUUUGUCAAAACCACCUCGUCCUCCUCACCGUACUCUCGCAUCCCGAGUUACCGCUACCGGCGGAGGCGCUCGCGCUCCAGUUCGAGGUCGAGUGACCCGUCGCGCGACCCCUCCCCGGCCGGGAUGGGGAUUGCCGGAGGGGGCGGGGCAGGUGGCUUGAGGAUGGGUUUGCCGAUGGGGGAUAUGUCUCUGUACGCUCUUACCGGGGACCCUUUGAGGUGCGCGAGUGCAAGCGCAGGGCCGUACAGCCCAGAGAGGGACUCUGGGUUUUUACAAGUCCACAACUGCUUCGAGAAAGAUCUGAAAGACGCAGUGAACAGGAGGACCACACCGGUAUGAGGUCAGGGCGGACAUUGCUGUGUGAAACCAUACGUUAGAUAUCGCCUCUCUGGUGCUGAAAGGUCAGAGCUCCAAAUAGUCCUUUGUUGGGUCUUUCUUGGAAAGGAAAAUGCAGAUCUACGAGGAAAUGUGGGAUUAAGAAUAACAUUUUACAAUGUGAGCUAUUUAACUAUACAAUGUGAUAUCCACUAUUAUUGAGGGAAAAACUGCAAAUUGUCGUUCUUGUUCUGGCAUUCUUUAAAGGACAACUGCCUGUGAUUCAUGUUGCUGUUUGAGUUUUAUUGUAUUUGCAAACGUAACAUGACUGGUGCUAACUUCAUUUGUACACCUUUGAUAGUCUUAAGCCUUUUCAACUGCCAUUUAAUUACUUCCGCUCUAUCUCAAAAACUGCUCACACAAGCUUGUGUGUGAGUCAGGUAAUAAAUGUGAAAAGUGUGUUACAGCUCAGACACAAUAUGACAUACAACAACACAUUCAGUCCGUAUUUUUUAACAAAUUGUCUGUAUUUUCUUGUGUCUUCGAAAACAAAAGUUUUUUCUGGCCAACAUAACGUUAAAAACAAAAGUUACGUUUAGGCAACAAAAUAACUUUGUUCCUCCAUAACAUCAAUUGAUUGGUAUUGGGCUUUUUACUAAGAUUUCUGUAGAUACACAUAAACUAAAAUGACCAGGCGCAGACAGCACAUUUCAGUAUGCGGUGCCACCAAUCAGUGUAAACCUUAUUUGUACAGAUUGUGCAGUUUGCUCAGGGAUGACGUGCCGAAAGAAUGAUUAUUACCAUUAAAGAUCUGGAGCUUGUGGCGAAAGAGAACACGCAUGUGUAACCUUUGGUUGCCAGGCAGACAGAGCAGAGGUCACGCCGUACUGUUGAUGUUUACAUGACUACUGCCUUUGUAUCAGAAUGCAGAACUCCUAUUCUAAUUAUUUCUGAACUCUUACUGCCCCAUAUUUUUGACACAUUCAUUCAAUUAUUAUUGCGAGACAGAUUUUGAGAAAUUGCAGUAUUAUGGCAAUUGAAGGCUACAUAUGUAAUCAAAUCCAUUCAUAUGAUUGGUUCAUGGGUUUGCUCUAAAACAGAUUUGAGUUUUUAGUCUGUAAACAAGAAGGCACAAUAAUAAUAUGGAAUAUGGAACAAUGAAUGUCAUAUUACACCAACACAAGGAGACGUGAGGGGGAAGAGGACAGAUUAAAUCCAUUUUCAAAGCAACAGUUGCAUUCUGUCAUAUGGUUUUAUUGUUGUACUUCACGGUUUCUGUCAAUCUGUGAGUGUUAACGCUUGACAAAAUGAGUUAAAAACUAUUCUAUUAACCAACUAAGCAACAGGAUCACAGAUUAUUCUACUAGCAUGGACAGUUCAGAGUGUUGUGGGACAUAAUGUGUGGCGAGGUUAACUGAGAUUGACAUGGGUUAGGGUUUGGUAUGCUGACGCUUAGUAUCUGGAAUAGCCUCAAAGUGACCUCUGACCAGAAGGACCAAAGCGUUGGUCAGAGCCAGAUGGCAUGAAAACAUUCACCUGUUGCACAGUGGGGCAUUUAAAAUGAUGAGAGAAUUCCAUAUGGAACAUUUUGUGAGUUGUUGUAUGAGCUCCAUGAAGGACUUUUAUUGGAUCGAUUGGCUUCUAGAAUUGCAAGUCUCGGAAAAUAUGUUGUCAAUUUAUAUACAGUAAAAAAAGGGUUUUUUAUUUUCUGUUUGGCUUCCUUCAGCUGGUCAAAGGUCGUGAACAAUCCACUGCUGAUCCUCCCAGGCUGACAGCUCUGUUUCCAUGGUGGGAAGAUACAAAUCCUAACCCAAGCCUCAGCCUGUGACAUUUAGUCAAAUAUUGGAAAUCUUUUCCUCACAAUGAAAGAACAGUUAUCCUGAAAAGCUAUGGGGAGAAUCUUAGAAAUCACAGUUAACUUCACUUUAACACCUGCUUGUGGUUUAAUGCCAAAUAUGAACAAUUUGUCCCAGUAUUUUGCGUAUGACACAGGCCUCAUGCUCUGCCAUGGAACUCAUCAUCAGCCAAUUUAAUACUAGAUUGAACUAACAGGCUCCCAAAUGGUCAACCUAGCCCUUAAAAAGCUUGUCUUUGAACAAGAUAGGAAGAAAAGUGAGCGAGGGGUUUGUAAAAGUUGAAAUUACAUUACUUGUUCAGUUCCCGCUCGACUGGGUUCAAACAGUGCCAUGUGAGGGCGCGCAGUGUCUGCAGAGUCGCUGCUCUGUCGGCUGUAGUUUUCAGAUGAGCCUUGACUUAAUAUAGACUUCUUCUUAUUCUGCGUUCAUGUGAUCUAGCCUAUCGAUGUUGGGCCAAACUAGUCUGAUGACCCUGUUUCCCGUUCCAGGCCUGAACUCAAAAGGCUUCGUCACCCUCCCCUCUGUCCAUCACCCGGCUGUUGAGCCGGCUGUGAAUUUCAAUGUCACUGAUACUCACUGAUAUUUUCAUCCUCAAUAAAGCUGCACCCUCACUCACUCGUGUUGCGCGGUGAACUUUCCCCUCCGGUAAUCUACGGGAAAACGCCAGGGUCAAAACUCCCGGGAUUAGUUGUGCUUGUUAGCACUGGUACCUUGCUGGAGAGGGUGAUACAAUACUGAUCACAACCUCCAUUGCACUCAGGUUCUGGCUUUCUACCUUGAUUUGUUGGCGUGACAAAUGUUUUAGCAAGAUAUCAGGUAUCUUCAUAAUAAACCUGACACACCCAAUGCCACGAGUAUUUUAACUAUUACACACAGUAAAAGCUACUUUAAGAUAUUUUGGAUGUAAAGUCAUACUUAUAAAAGUCCUUUGUGUUAGAUUGGUGCACAGAGAUUUCUAUUAAAUUAUUUUAAAGGCACAGUGUGUAGCAUUUUGGCAAACCAUUGUUGUAUAAUCACCUAAAAUGAUUGGGUUUUUGUAGAUCCUUUAUAUCUGAAUAGCAUCCGUGUUCUCUACUGCGAGUCUGCAGCGUUGCACCGUCAGGUUUCCACAGAAUCCCGCAACAGACAAACGUGACUCCAGCCACCUAAAGUCCCAGUGCCGUACUGUAAAUACAGGAAGCACGGCCUCUGAGUGAGACAAACAGCAGCACCAGAGGUUUGCACUUGGCGGCUCAUGUUACGGGUGGAGUAACAGAGGGGGAUUUAGUCGAUGACAAUCUGUAACCACAGCACUGGAAGCCAGCCGAUUCUACACACUGUGCCUUUUAAGUGGUUCAUAAAGUUCCCUCUACCUUCAAUGGUCUGCUUGCAAUUCUUACAUUCUCUGUUUCGUUUGAGGACUUGUAUGUUUGGUGAAAUAUAUCAAUAGUAUACCCUUUAUGGUACUGCUGUGUUUGUGAAUACCAAGUGUCUUUAAAUAUAUCCAUGAGUUUGUAAUGUAUGAUUUUACUGAUAAAUUACUCUGAAAUAAAAUAAAAGUUAAAGUAAA